AACAACUGCCCCAGAUGGUCCUUAUCAAGAAAAUUUGAGAAAUGCUGCUAAUGUCUAAACAAAAACCUGCCUCUUGAAAUCCAGUCCCAGGCGGAGCCCCUACUUUAACUUUGUGCUAAAUCAGAUUACAGUGAGUCUUAAAGGCAGCCACGGACUGAGCCCCUAUCUCUGGACCCAGACUAACCCUAACUCCAAUAUGUACCAGGAAUGCUGAGUAAAUGUGGAAGGUUCUGUGCCAGCCUAGCUACUCUGUUGCAGAAAUGGCUGAGAGCAGUGCCCUGACCAGCAACAUUAGCUCCGAAAACGAAGGACUGUUGUACAAGUUCUCCUUGUGCGUCCUUGCACACUGAGAUUGAUGGGACAAUUAUAAAAUCUGCUGAAGCAGUGCUGGACACUUAGAGGGUAGAGGCAAAUGCAGGGUGUACAGGCAGGUGUGUCCAAGGAGAUUCAGAGCAGAGAGAGGCUAGGGUUCAGAAUUAUUAGAAGUACUCUAUCCUUCUGUUUUGUAUCAUCACUUCUCCAGUGCCCUUACCUUAUAGGUCCUCUCCCCUCUGAAUCAUGACUGAAUGAUAUUCCUCCUUCUCUCUUUCAUAGACACUGGAUUCAGGAUGCAGAAGCCCCAGCUCUUGUUCCCUGUCAUGGCCACCCCAAAUGGAACUCUAGUCCACCCAGAGUACUUUCUGCUGGUGGGCAUCCCUGGCCUGGGGCCUAAUGUACACUUUUGGCUGGCUUUCCCUCUGUGUUUGAUGUAUGCUUUGGCCAGCCUGGGAAACCUGGCCAUCAUCCUCAUCAUCCGUGUAGAAAGGUGCCUGCAUGAGCCUAUGUACCUCUUCCUGGCCAUGCUUUCCACCAUUGACCUAGUCCUUUCCUCCAGCACCAUGCCCAAGAUGGCUAGCCUUUUCCUAAUGGGCAUCCAGGAGAUCGAGUUCAACGUUUGCCUGGCCCAGAUGUUCCUUAUCCAUGCUUUGUCAGCCAUGGAGUCAGCUGUCUUGUUGGCCAUGGCUUUUGAUCGCUUUGUGGCCAUCUGCCAUCCUCUGCACCAUGCUUCUGUGCUCACAGGGCCCACUGUGGCCAAAAUUGGGCUAGCUGCCCUAAUCAGGGGAUUUGUAUUUUUCUUCCCACUGCCCUUUAUCCUGAAGCGGUUGUCAUACUGCCGAACACAUACUGUCACACACUCCUUCUGUCUUCAUCAAGAUAUUAUGAAGCUGUCCUGUACUGACACCACAGUCAAUGUAGUUUAUGGACUCUUCAUUAUCCUCUCGAUCAUGGGCGUGGACUCCCUCUUCAUUGGUUUUUCCUACAUCCUCAUCCUGCGGACUGUGUUGGCUCUGUCCUCUUGGGGAGCAGCACUCAAGGCUUUCAACACCUGCAUCUCUCAUCUCUGUGCUGUCCUGGUCUUCUAUGUACCCCUCAUUGGGCUCUCUGUGGUGCACAGACUGGGUGGUCCCACCUCCCUGCUCCAUGUGGUUUUGGCUAAUGUCUAUCUAUUGCUACCACCCGUGGUCAACCCCAUUGUCUAUGGAGCCAAGACCAAGGAGAUCCGUUCACGGGUCUUCCAUAUGUUCUUGCAAGAUGGCAGGUGA